AUUGGAUUAGUAUGUUCAAACGUGAGGCGUUUUUUAUUUAUUUUUUAUUUUGGUUACAAGGGAGGUGAAGAAGGCCUAAACAGGAGAAUAAGAAAGAAAACUAGCCCAAAGGGCUAACCCUAACUCUCCUAGUUCUGGAAAAAUUACAUAGAUCAUCUAGAAAAGCACUAGAAGCAUGGAGGAGGACUAGAGAACAGAACAAUGCUAGGAUCAUGGCUUAAGCUGCCCUUAGCAAGACCAUCUGCAGUGUAGUUGCAUUCUCUGAAAAUGUGUUUAAUACUCGCUUCAUCAAACAUACGUGAGGCGUUUUGGCUAAUGGCCAAUAAUGCAUUUCAUAUUUCUUUUAAAUUUGGUGGAGCCUGUGAGAACAAACUCUAUGCUUCCCUUCACAGUAUAGCUAGAUAGAUUGAUUAGUGCUAACUAAGCUAUCUCUAUAGAAUCGAUGUCAUCAAUGCCCUCAAUGGCCGCCGGAGCUCCGGGAGGAUGACUCAUGCUAAUGGAGCAACAAUUGCGUUGAGUAUGCUACUAGUUGGUGAGUUGGAGAUUUUGGGCAUGACAGAACAGAAGUACCAAAAUAGCCUUCAUAGUCUAUAUGGAGCUGGGGCUAAAAUUGUCAAACUAUAAACAAAAGAAAACCGUUGCGGCGUCAACAGAAGGGGAACAGGGGAUGAAAAUCUCGGCAUUAUUGUCUAGUCAGACCAGUUAAUCGUCCAUCUCGACGGACGCCGGCGAAGGCAGACCGUCGUCGUCUCAGGUCGAGCUCAACUCUUAGGUCAGCUCAACGAAUAAUAGUAUGACACAUGUUAUGAACAGAGCCAGAUUACCACUCUUGAGUUUUGGUCAAGCUCUCCGUACUCCCAGACUUGCAUACCACUCCAUGACCCAGAAAGCCUCACCCAGAAUCACAAUGCCGGACAGAGACUACAGUGCCAGCUCCGACGUGGCCAAGUCCAACUGGCUGAUCACGAAGCUCAGCAGAGACGGCAAAGUUGGAGAAGCCCGCCAGGUGUUCGACGAAAUGCCUGAGAGAGACGUGGUGACGUGGACGACGGUGAUCACGGCGUACAUCAAGUGCGGGAUGGUGGAGGAGGCCAGGAGGCUGUUUGAUAGACCCGAUGCUGAGAAGAAUGUCAUCACUUGGACUGCCUUGGUUGGCGGGUAUAUAAGGCUGAGGCGGAUUAAGGAGGCUGAGUGGUUGUUCUAUCAAAUGCCGGUCAGGAAUGUGGUUUCUUGGAACACUAUGAUUGAUGGGUACGCGAGGAGCCGGCAGGUUGAUCAGGCGUUGGAGUUGUUUGAGAGGAUGCCGGAGAGGAAUGUGGUUUCUUGGAACACGGUUUUGACGGCUCUGGCGCAAUGCGGGAGGAUUGAGGAGGCCAGGAGGCUGUUUGGUUUCAUGCCGGAAAGGGAUGUUAUUUCGUGGACCGCAAUGGUUGCGGGGUUUUCAAGAAAUGGCAGGAUCGAUGAAGCUAGAGAAGUUUUUGAUAUGAUGCCUAGAAGGAAUGUGGUCUCGUGGAAUGCAAUGAUCACGGGUUAUGCUCAGAAUGGGAGGCUGGAGGAGGCUCUUGAACUGUUUGAGAGGAUGCCGGAGAGGGACAUGCCUUCGUGGAAUACGAUGGUUACUGCCUUUAUUCAGAAUGGGGAUUUAAAGCGCGCGCGGGACUUAUUUAUUCAAAUGCCACAGAAGAAUGUCAUAUCAUGGACUACAAUGAUCACUGGGUAUGUACAAGAUGGGAGAAAUGAAGAUGCAUUGAUGAUCUUUUCGAAAAUGGUGGCUGAUAAUGGGGUGAGACCUAAUCAGGGAACUUUUGUCAGUAUCUUGAGUGCUUGUAGUAACUUAGCUGGUCUUUGUGAGGGACGUCAAAUACAUCAGAUGAUAAGUAAAACAGUUUAUCAGGAAUGUGUACAUUUGGUGUCUGCACUCAUAAACAUGUAUUCAAAAUGUGGUGAGUUAGUCUCUGCUAGGAAGAUGUUUGAAGAUGGAUCGACAAUCCAUAGGGAUUUUAUCUCCUGGAAUGGAAUGAUUGCAGCCUAUGCACAUCAUGGAUGUGGUAUUGAGGCAAUUAACUUGUAUAAUGAAAUGCGGCAAUUGGGGUGCAAACCUGAUGAUGUUACUUAUGUUGGGCUGCUUUCUGCAUGCAGCCAUGCUGGUUUGGUGGAGGAGGGACUAAAUCUUUUUGAUGAGCUUCUUAGAGAUGGGUCAAUACAAGUGAGGGAAGAUCACUACACUUGCUUAGUUGAUCUUUGUGGUCGAGCAGGGAGGCUGAAGGAGGCUUUUGAUAUCCUUGAGAAGCUUGGGACCAACCCAUCAGCAUCUAUUUGGGGGGCUCUUCUUGCUGGAUGUAUCGAUCAUCGUAACAUGGAUACUGGGAAGCUAGCUGCAGAGAAGCUUUUAAAGGAGGGACCAGAUGAUGCAGGAAGUUACUCGUUGUUGUGGAACUUUUAUGCUAGAUCUGGGAAUUGGAGAGAAGCUGCAAAGAUGAGGAUUAAAAUGAAAGAGAAGGGGUUGAAAAAGCAGCCUGGUUGCAGUUGGAUAGAAAUUGGAAAUAUGGUGCAUGUGUUUGUGGUCGGUGAUAAGUCUCAUUGCCAAUCUCAACCUAUAUAUUCUGCACUUCACGAUUUACAUAAACAAAUGAAGAAGAUUGGGUAUGUACCAAGAAAUGAUUUGAAUGUGGAUGAAGAUAUUUCAAUUACAUAAAUUCUUACUUGGGAUAUUUGAAACUUCAAUAGGCAGAAUUACAGUGAUAUGUGGACUUCAUAAGAUUUGGCAUUCCAUUAAGAGCAAAAAGCUUAUAAUUAAAUAAUGCACCUGAAGCAGUACUUGUAUGGCUA